AUGGGUUCGCGAUUUCCCGACGUCGGUUUUCCCAUUAGGGUCUCUCAAACACAGAAGCAGCACAUCUCUCCGGCCGAUGACCUCCACCGGUACUGGAGGAGCCAAGCAGAGGAAGGCUACCUUGAGCGCUACUGGCCCGACGACCUCGGCCACGAUGCUUGGAUCAACACCAUUCGCCGGCUCCUUCUCGAACCAUUUCCCGAGUUCGCCGACGCCGAGAUCAAAUACUUUGCCAAUGGCACCUUCAACCGCCUCUACAGCAUCACCCAUGCCGGCUGGAACAAAUCGUACCUCUUCCGCGUGUCGAUCCCCGUCGAGCCCUUCUUCAAGACUGAGAGCGAGAUCGCGACGAUGGAAUACGUCCGGCGACACACGUCUAUGCCCGUCCCCCGGGUGAUUGCUUUCUCCUCGAGCGACGACAACGAGCUGGGAUACGAAUGGAUCCUGAUGGAGAUGAUGCCGGGCGAGCCGCUUCGCAAGGUCUGGAAUACGAUGCCCGAGCCCGCGAGGGUCGAGUUCUUCGCAGAGCUGGCGGGCCACGUCAAGCAGCUGGCUGCCCUGCGCUUCAGCGCGUUCGGCAACAUCUAUUUCGCAGACGUCGCCGAUCAGGUUCUGUCGAUCCCACUUCCCCAGCGAGCCCAGCCCGACGCUGGCGUGGACGACGGCGCAGACAAAGACAUUGGUCCCGGCGGAGCGUUCGUGCUCGGCCGCAUCGUGUCGCAGGAUUUCUUCUUCGACAAGCGCGUCUACUACCCCGGCUCCCGCGGGCCCUUCCAGACCACCCGUGAGCUGGUCGACGCUCGCGUCGCCCUCCUCGGCAAACGAAUCAGCGACCUCUCGCCCACCGAGGGUCAAGCCUGGUACUGCGAGAACGACCGCGAGCUGGCACGCCACCGGGACCGCGUCUACGAGCUCUUCGACCAGCUGAAGGCCCUGGUGCCGCAGCUCGUCCCGCCGGACAACGGACCUGAGGACGUGGGCAUGCUCUGGCACGACGACCUGUCGGAGCACAACCUCCUGGUCGACCCGGCCACAUUCAAGCUCACCGCCGUCGUCGACUGGGAAUCGGUCAGCGUGGUGCCGGCGUACGAGACGCACGACGCCGUGCCCGCGUUCCUCUCGGACCGCGACUGGCGGCCGACGCCGCUGACGCUGCUCGCGCGCGGCGUGCCGCCCAACGACGAGGCCAUCGCGGCCGACAAGCGGCGGCGCGCCGCCGAGCUGGGCCCCGCCCGCCGCGCGUACUUCGGGGCCCUCGGCCCGCUCUACGACGACGCCGCGCCCGAGACAAGGCUGCGCGUCCGCGCCAAGCAGGGCCUGGCCAAGCAGCUGGAGAUUGCCAGCUUCCAGCACCGGCCGUGGUGGACGGCUGCGUGGCUUGCCGAGAACGGGGUUGAUGGGUGCUUGCGGCAGGGAGAGGAGGACGCUGAUGCGGCGGCUGAGCCGGAAUGCGCGAGGGCUUAG